AUGUCUGAAAAGAUCUUAAUGGCUGCUUCCAUGGCUGCUCUGGUCUGUCAUCCCAGUUCCUCCAUUAAAUGCUUUAAACCCAAACCAAAACCAUCUCCCUCACAAAGAGAAAAUACAUCAAAAUCCAACACCAAAAAGGAUGUUUGGACCUGUUCUUCACUUCCUAAAACCUUUGUUUUUUCAUCUUGUUCCAACAUGAACGCAACAUUAACACACCUAAAUCGUGUCCCUUCAACGAGCAGAACGGAUUCGUGUCUGGUUUCGAACCUCUGCCAAAAGGACCCGGCUUUUCGAGUCGUUGAAGCCAUGUUCGAUUCUGGUUGGGACGGUAAAGCCGGGCCCAAAAUCGAGAAAAUAUUGAAGAUCAAUCAUAACAUCGGUGUUCUCAAGAGGUUUGAAGAGUAUAUGGAGAUUACUAAAUCCAAGUCUGCAAAUAUUUCUCGGAAAUUGGCUGUUGAUGGCAAUGAACUGUUGAGGUUCCAUGGUGCCACUGUUACUUGUUCCUUAGGUAACAAUGAGUUGUCAAGGAUUUGUAGCAAGGAAAGUUGUGGGGUUUGCAGAAUGGUCCGGCUGGUCGGGUCGGCGGGCGAAGAAUCGGUGGCGUCAAGCAACGAUAGCCGACGAGCACAUCGGAGAGUUACGAAGGAAUGCGGUGUUAAUAAUAAGAUUUAUAUAGGGAAGCCGUUGUUGUUUGCCGAGUAA